UCUCUCUCUCUCUCUCUCUUCUCCCUCUCACCUCCUCUCAUCUCCUCCCUCUCCUCUCCUUUCUUCUCUCUCAUGAAUGAAUAAUAUUGACUACAAUGUCGGAUAAGCCUCAGGUCAGCGAGGUGGACGACGUCCCUGCGCCUGUCAAACGCAGCUGCGGCGCCCGCUUCGUCGCCCACUACAAGAAGUGGUGGUGGGUGCAUCUCAUCGUCUUCGUCGCGGUGUUUCUGAUCAUCGCGUUGCCUGUAGUCUACGUCGGAUAUCCACACAUUGCACAGAGCGACGUCAACAAAUCAACCCUGAACGUCACCUCGAUGGUGGUCACCAACCCGACCCCGGAGAGCUUCCAUAUCGACCAGGUCCAAGUCAUCGGCAGCCAUGUCGCGUACCACCCGCAGCUGUACGCCUUCAACGCCUCCAUCUCGCUGGCCGGUGCCGCCUCGUUUGCUUCGGCGCUGAUCCCCGCCGUCAAGGCCAUCAACGGCGCCACGGUGACCGUCAACCAGGAACUGGAUGUGACCAGUCUCUCGGCCUUUACGGACUUCACCACUGCCUUUCUGCUUAACGAGGAGGUUGGCUUGAACAUCUACGGCAAGCCACAUCUCAAGCUGGGUGGUUUGCCUGAGAUUACUGUUACCUACAACAAGACGGCCACCAUGAAGGGCCUGAACAAGUUCAAAGGAUUCACUCUAACAGACUACUCGCUCGUCGCCCCCGCGAACUCCAACGGAACCAAUUUCAAGGGCACGGCCAUCAUCCCGAACGCAUCCCCUGCGACCUUCUCUUUCGGCAACGUCACCCUCCAACUAGCAGCCAACGGAACACACAUCGGCGAGUCCUACCUGCAAGACCUGGUGGUCAAACCGGGCAACAACUCCGUCUUCAUGACCUCGACCGUCAACGAGACCAUUGUCGUCGACCUGAUGUUCGGCACGGAUGCCCCUUACCCGGAUGGGAUUGUUCCCAUCGUCAUCACGGCGGACGCGGCCAAUGCGAGCGUCUACGACGGAAAGGUCUUGUCGUAUUAUAGUCAUGCGCUGGCGGAGAAUACGAUGAACAUCAAGCUGAAUCUUUCUUCUCUUUUUUGAUUCAUUUCUUUGGAUAUCCUUUGGCUACGAGUGACGAGAAAUAGUGAUGGUAUAUAAGUGAUAAUGAUUGACACUGGUAAUUAGAUUAGGUAUUGUAGAGUAUACUUGUAUACUAUCUAGACAGUACUAUCCUAAUUGGUAUUU